AGGGGUCUCAAAAAUGCAUACACAUUUGAGGUUUUCCACUCAACCCAUUUACCACAUUUGGAAGCGCUGAGAUCGGGGGCCACCAAUGUUGCCUUUGAACUGCACUUACUGCUGCUGAGCAAGGUAUUUAAGAGUUAAUCGCUCCAAUAAAAAGUUUUUCUUUUGUCGUGUGAAUACACUAAGACACUGCAUUUGGUGUAUUAGCUAGUAAUAAGCCACACAAUGAACACUCGGGUGUCUUUCCAGAUGCUAAUGCUCGAGCCACAGCAGCUGGAGCUCGGACUGGGGGGGGGCGGUUCCUCCGCACAGCUGUACCUUUAAGAGCGGAGCCUCGUGAGAAAGUUCAGUGGAGCGGCGGCAGCGCUCGAGGACGGAGCCCCGCGAGGCCACAGCAGCGCCGCCGUGACCUGAGCUGCGCUGGAUUUCCGAAAACCACCUUUUAUCUGGAGCCGCCCGUUACAUUUUCUUGCCCUCGACAUACGGAUGGAUUUUUAUAUUUUUCCCCGUAUGACUUAACAUUAUACCCGUUUCGAGGAGUCUGAUUUUAAAAAAUACAUAUAUAAAUAUAUAUAUACACACACUGCAGACAUUUAAACAUUUAACUAUUCGUUUCAGAUAGAUUUCGCUUCGCUUGAUUAAAUACUGUGUAUGAUUGCUGGACUUCUUAAACCGGAAAACUGAAUACUUUUCUCCAGCGCUUCUCUCCUCCGUCAGUUUUUUUUUUUUUACGUGGGAAUUUGCUGAUCUCAGCAUGUAAUUUUGUAUAAAAUUUCUUCUGAUUCAAAAGAGGACGCUGUGGAAUGUGAAAUGCGACCUAGACUUGUCGUCUGGGGGACAAGACUGCUCAUUCCCCCAGCGACACAUUCCCUCCGGGCUCCUUGUUUGGAGGUGGGAGACACAAGAUCUGCGCGAACAUGCUCCACAAUGGUGACAGUGACCAGAAGAAGCCCGACUCGGACAGCCCGAGCCCGAGUGGCGAAGAGGAGCCGGAAAAAAAGGGUACCGACGUCUCCAACAGUGCCACCCUGACCCACAGCAGAACGGACUGUCCCAGUGCCACGCAUUUCGCCCUACCUGUCCUCCCAAAGCUCGAGUUCAAGCGCAACGCGGUCACGGACGACUACAAGAUAACGAGUCAGGUCCUGGGUCUGGGCAUCAACGGCAAGGUGCUGCAGUGCUACGACAAAAAGACGGGCGUCAAGUGCGCGCUCAAGAUCCUGUAUGACAGUCCCAAGGCACGGCGUGAAGUGGAGCUGCACUGCCAUGCAUCAGGAGGCCCCUACAUUGUGCAGAUUCUCAACCUCUACGAGAACAUGCACCACGGCAAGAAAUGCCUCCUCAUCAUCAUGGAAUGCAUGGAGGGGGGAGAACUCUUCAGCCGAAUUCAAGCUCGUGGAGACCAGGCCUUUACAGAAAGAGAAGCGGCACAAAUCAUGCGAGAUAUCGGGACGGCCAUUGACUAUCUCCAUGACAUGAACAUCGCCCAUAGGGAUGUCAAGCCUGAGAACCUGCUAUACACCAGUAGUAACAGCAAUGGGGUCCUCAAGUUGACGGACUUUGGUUUUGCAAAGGAGACCACCCUGCACAACCCUCUGCAGACCCCUUGCUACACGCCGUACUAUGUAGCUCCUGAGGUGCUUGGCCCGGAGAAAUAUGACAAGUCUUGUGAUAUGUGGUCUCUUGGCGUCAUCAUGUACAUCCUGCUGUGUGGCUUCCCUCCCUUCUACUCCAACACGGGCCAAGCCAUCUCCCCUGGAAUGAAACGACGCAUUCGGAUGGGCCAGUAUGAGUACCCCAACCCCGAGUGGGCAGACGUGUCCGAGGAAGCCAAACAACUCAUCAAUCAGCUGCUGAAGACCGAUCCGAACGAGAGGAUGACCAUCACCCAGUUCAUGAACCACCCUUGGAUCAAUCAAUCAAUGGCGGUUCCCCCAACUCCACUCCAUACCACUCGAGUUCUCACAGAGGACAGGGAGCUGUGGGAUGAUGUAAAGGAGGAGAUGACCAGUGCCUUAGCCACCAUGCGUGUGGACUAUGACCAGGUGAAGAUCAAAGACCUGGACACAUCCAGCAACCCCCUGCUCAACAAGAGACGCAAGAAGGCGGCCGCAAGGGGAAAAUCUGGAAGCCCCGUUUGUAACAACCAGUGAGGGAAUGUGGGCAAACAGGAGGAAUGAGUCGGGCUCUUUUCCGAUGGAGCACCAUGUCAGCAGAGGGAAGGUGCGAAAGAAGGUAACUGGCACUUUGGGAAAGCAGCAGUGAAGAGAAACCUAGAAAGCUCAAUAAUAAGAGUCCACAUGGAAAGAAAGCUUCAGCACAAGUGACCGCAUGAAGAUACGUAAACUCUGUGCCUCGUAUUUGAAAUCAGCCGCACUUCACGCUCCUCCAAAGGGCUCAUUUACCACGUUAUUUAUCGUCUGCGCUCACGCUCAGCCUCCUUUCUUAGCCAGUCCAACCCCAGCCUCCAAAUCAUGGAUUGGCAUUCAGAAGAAGGAGAAAAGCACUAACCCGCCCCAGCCUACUUGACUCCCCUCUCCAUCCCCUGUGAUAUCUUGAGUGGACUUGGCCUUCUCGGGUUCUGGGAUGAGCUCUCGCAGUGUAUCGGGACUUCUUUUCUCCGCACCCAGGCUCCCUGCCAGCACAACACUCCACACUCAUACCAUCUGGGUUAUUAUGGAGACAUGCACUUAUUGCUGUUGUUACCCCUUAGUCAUUUCUCAGGAAUUAGAAGAUAUUAAAGAUUUUUUAAAGAAUGCUUUGCAUCUAGUGUUUUUUUUUUUUUUUUUCUUUCGGCUUU